CCAGUUUUUGAAAACAAUUUGAGUUGUAAUCAGAGUUUUGUAUUUGAAGUUUUUCUACACUUUCGCAGGUUCACGUAAAUUGCAAACAGAUUUAACUUGAAUUUCCAGUUGCUCGCCAUGGAGAAGAUCAGAGCCAGCGAAGUACGCGAAUUCUUUGUGGGCGACUACAAGGUGCUGGGGCAAUUCGAUAGCGGAAGCUUUGGCGACAUCUUUCUCGGCGUGUCUCUCAACACCGGCGAACAGGUGGCCAUCAAGGUGGAGAAAGCCGGUGCACCGCAUCCUCAGCUGGCCUAUGAGCAUCGAGUGUAUCGGGCCAUUCGACCGGCUCGCGGUUUGCCGCAAAUUUAUUUCUUCAGCGAAGAGGAUGAUUAUUGUGCCCUGGUCAUGGAGUUGUUGGGUCCCUCGCUCAACUAUCUCUUUGAGUUUUGCAGUCGUCGGUUCACCAUGAAGACGGUUCUGAUGCUGGCCAAUGAGAUGCUGUUGCGUCUGGAGCAAGUGCAUAAUCGUGGCUUUGUGCAUCGCGAUAUCAAGCCGGAUAAUUUUCUAAUUGGUCGCGAUAUCAGCAGCAAGCGAGUGCAUCUCAUUGAUUUCGGUUUGUCGAAAAAGUAUUGGGAUCCCAAUACCCAAGUCCACAUUCCAUAUCGUGAGAACUGCAGUUUAACGGGCACCGCUCGCUUCACCUCGAUCUCAUCGCACGAAGGUGUCGAGCAAUCCCGUCGCGAUGAUCUCAUCUCGGUGGGCUAUGUGCUCGUCUAUUUUCUGCGCGGCAAUUUGCCGUGGCAGGGCAUUAAGGCCUCAACCAAACAGCAGAAAUACGAACGCAUCCAUGAACUCAAACGUUCGAUUAGCAAUGAGAAAUUGUGCAAAGGUUUUCCCAGCGAAUUUCUCAUGUAUCUCAACUAUUGCCAUCAGCUGACUUUCAAUGCCGAUCCCGAUUAUAAUAUGCUGCGCAAAAUCUUUCGUCAUUUGCUCUUAAAGUUGUGCGCGACUCCUGCACAGAUCUUUGACUGGGAAGUGCUGACGAUCAAAUAUCAUCGCAAUCAACCCAAUCCGGGCAUUGGUCUCAAAGUUCCUCCUCUCAAAUGCAAAGCGGAUGGCGGCUCCAGCGGUUUUCCCAUUAUACGCAAUGAGAAGUGCAAUCGUUGGUGAAAUUCGUUGUGCAAUCUGUUUAGUUUAAUUUCGCUACAAGCGUGCAUAAAUUUAUCCAUUUAAUCACCCAUUAAUUGGUAGACGCUAUUGUGAUUAACUGUAUCGAAAGUGUAGUAAAUUUGUGGAUAAAAAAAGCAU